AUGCAGAAACUCGACAUUCAUAUUCUUCCAGAUGAAAUAAUGGAAGCAAUAUUGUCCAAUCUUCAACUGUAUGAAGUAUUCUUCUGCUUUUCAAGAGUUUCGAAGUAUUUUCAACAACUUUCUCAUUCAGUCAUUCAACAUGAAUAUUACAGCACCAUUGUUGACCAAUUUAAUCAAAAACCGAGUUCGUUUAAUUUCGGAGAUUGCAUUAAAUUCGUCAAAUUCAGUUUGAGAAAUUCGGUUUAUCAAUAUGCGGUCCUAAUUAUUCAAAAAUACUUGUCAACCAGAAGUCCAGAAUUCAACAAUAUUCCAGUAAUUAUGGGAGAAAAAGAUUUACAAUUUUGGAAACAAUCCGAGCAGGAUUUUAUGUAUUUGAAGGCUUUUUUUGAUAAUUUUCAUGAUUUACCAGGUCGUGGUAAGCCUGUUAUUGAACCAACUGUUGUAAAAGAAGAAGAAGGAUUACUUUCGAAUAUUUUUUCCGUAUUCGAAACAUUAUUUGCAAUGACAAGUCGAGUAAUAGCAAAAAAAACAUCUACUUACUCAGAUCCUCAACAAUCUGUUCACAUCAUUGGUGAAGAAGAAAGUGUCUCAUCAUUUUUCAAUUGUGCCUCUUAUGAUAAAACUCAGAGUUUAACAGUUAGUUUUCCCGAUCGUUGUUGGAAGAUUGCAUAUGUUGGUGAUGGGAAAUAUAUGAGGAUGUGUUUAACCAAGAAUGAUUACAAUAUGGAUCAAUCAUCUUAUUUUAUCUUGGUGGGAAAUCCUUAUUCCAGUAAUUGUUUGACAGAAUUUGAAAUGAUGAAGAAUGGUAUUAAGCAAUAUUCGAAAGGAGCAGAAGUAAUUGUUGUGACUUCAAUGAAGGAUUUACAAAACGGUCAACCAAGAUUCAUUUCUAAUGAACAAGCAAAUUGGUUUGCUUAUCAACAAUUUGGAGGAUUGUUCAAGGAUAUCACAACGACAGAAUUGGAAGAACCAUAUGUAGUAUCUUGUUAUUGUUUCUUGAUGAGAUACUUCCUUGGAAAUAAACCCCUUGAACUAGAGAAUGAGAAUGGAUACUAUUGGAAAGUGAGGAGUCAGUUUAUUGUACAUGACAUUGAGAUUGUGGACAGAGUCUUUCGACACUAA